AAUCAAGAAACGUUCCAGAAACCUUAAGAAGCACCACGUCCUUGCAAUUUUUCCUUAUCGUUAUCUCUUUAUCAAAAUAAAUCACAUGGUAAACCCUAGUGCCGUGAGCCCGUGCGGUUGGCAGCGCCUCGGUUGGUAAAUUUUUGUAGUUAAUAUGGUGGUCAAAAAAGGGCAGAUAAUUGGGAAUUUGUGAAAAAGUAGUUGUGUAGCGCAGCCCCCGAGCCCCAACCCCCGAAAAUGGCCGAAGCGGCUGUGGAAGAGCGCCCCCCUCAGAAAUUCUACUGUCACAUGUGCAACGUCCAGUUCGAAAACGCCUCGGCUAACUUCACGUGCCCCCACUGCGCCGACGGCUUCAUCGAGGAGCUGCAGGAGAGCCCCGACAGCCGCAACCCCACGAUAGACAUCGACGACGACGACGACAGCAGCGACAUGGACUUCAACGAGCUUUUGCUCGCGCCCACCAACAUGGAAGACUUUCGAACGGGCCGCAGUCGCGCCCCCGACGGCCAUCGGACGACCGGAAGAAGGUAUGCAGUUAAUCGCGCCAGGAUAGUACGACCCAGGACCUUGACCAGACUAGCCUCCUCGAAUUUGCGGCAAAAUGUGCCAUUUGAAAACCUCAUACAGGAUUUUAUUGUCAAUUUAGGGGUCGGCUUGAAUUGGGGCGCCGCUGGAAAUAUGCAACUGUUUCUCGGGAAUCCGGGGGAUUAUGCCUGGGGACGCGAAGGCCUCGAUGCGAUUGUUACGCAGUUGUUGAAUCAAAUGGAUAGCACUGGUCCUCCGCCGGUUUCGAAGGAAGUGAUAGACGCCCUCCCCGUGAUCAACGUAAAGUCGGAUCAAGUGGACGCGAAACUGCAGUGUUCUGUUUGUUGGGAAGACUUUCAAUUGGGCGAAAACGUCCGACAGUUACCUUGCACGCACAUUUACCAUGAGCCCUGUAUACGACCAUGGUUGGAGUUGCAUGGUACUUGUCCCAUCUGCCGCCAGAACCUAGUAAAUGAUGAACAAAGCAACAGCGAUAGUAAUCAAGAUUCUGGCGGAUCGUCAACCGGAGGUCAAGAUACUUUGAAUGCCAUUAGGAAUAUUCUCCAGCCUGCCCAUAAUACGUCAAGUAAUUUAGAAAAUUCCAGACCUACUCAUUCUAGAUCAGAUUUCAUGUAAUCACUACAAGUUUCAAUUAGAAAGAAAUAUCAACGCUUGCUAUAAAUUCAAAUUCGUUCGUUUUCCGAGGAUGCUUUAUACAGAAUGAGCAAACGAGUUUUUAAUUGUUAAUAUAAUGAGAAAUAAAGUUGUACAGACUGGAUAAAGCGUAUUUUUAAGUAUUCUGUAACAAGUGGCACUUUAAGGUUUGUCCAGCAAGUUACGUUAUGUUAUGAUUAUGUAUUUAUGAUUACACUGUUGUGAUAAUAAAAAAUAUCCUUACGAUCAA